GUGACAAUAAUGAUUGGAGUUUUAGAGAAUUGGUUAAGAACAAAAUGCAAUAAUGAAAGAGAAAGGAUUACAGCCGUGGGCUUACAGUAAAGAUGGAAACGUCAUCAGAAAAGAUGGCGUAGCCCGCGGUUUUGGCAGGUUGCAGGCAGUGCAAUAACAGAGUUAUUUUUUAUAUUUUCGUGAUAACAGUAAAAUGUCAAACCGCGAUCCGGACAAUUUAAUGACGACGAGCGAUGAGAAUUUUGACUAUUUGUUUAAAAUUGUUCUUAUCGGGGACUGUGGCACUGGAAAAACGUGUGUUGUUCAAAGAUUUAAAUCGGGCACUUUCAUCGAAAGGCACGGAAGCACGAUAGGAGUUGAUUUUUCAAUGAAAACUGUGGUGGUAGAUGGAAAACGGGUGAAGCUCCAAAUAUGGGAUACUGCAGGACAAGAAAGAUUUCGUACUAUAACGCAAAGUUAUUAUAGAUCAGCGAAUGGAGUCAUUGUAGUUUACGACAUCACAAAACGAUCAACUUUUCUCAGCUUGCAGAGAUGGGUUGAAGAAGUGCGGAGGUACACAUCAUCACAUGUUAUGUUGGUUUUAGUUGGAAACAAAUGCGACUUAGAAAGCUUACGAGAAGUUGAAAAAGGAGAAGCUGAUGCAGUAUGUAAAUACUUGCCAGAAGUUUUGCAUGUCGUAGAAACUUCAGCCAAAGAGAACACCAAUAUCGAUGCAGUUUUCUUUUACUUGGCGUCUGAGCUUAAAAGGCGCCAUGAAAAUCGUCAAUUCGACCCAAGUCAGGAUGAAGUUGUUAAGCUCGGAACAGGUCGAGAAUUAUCUUCUUGCUCAGGUUGCUCCUACAAAAUAUUCUGAAGGAAGGUUUUUUAUUUAUUAACAAUUACGUAAGCUCAUUUAAAAGCUAAUGAAGAUCACACAAGAAUCUUAGUAUUUAUAAAGGUCUGAAUUCAUAUUUUUUAUUGAUCUUCAUAUGCUUAAUUAGUCUAUUAGUCUUAAUUAGUGCUAUUUUUAUACACCGUCCAAUUGCAAAAUGGUGAAAUUAUGCGACUUUCUUCCACAAUUUUUUUCUAACUUAUACAUUAAUAUUACAAUUUUAAAUACUCAGUGCCUUUCAAAGUUUUGCAAGCUCCAUGACCACUCAUUGUAUUUAAACACUAUACGCUAUCGUGAAGGAAUUAAUACAAAAUAGUUGAAAAUGAAUGUAUAAUAAGUGAAAUGAUGUAUGAAACAGUUAACGCCGUAAACGAAUCUUAGAUACAUAAAUAUCUUGUUAACGAAUCUUUAUUACGCUAUAAAAUCUCAUUUUGAGUUAUACCGUGAAGCAUGAAAUGAUAUUCUAAAAUUAUAUAUUUAAUAUAUUUAUAUUUUAUAUAACAUAAAUUAUUGUAACUUAGAGUAACUUUACCAUAGCCAAUUGUUACUUGUUAUACAUUUACAUAAAAUUGGAUUUGGAGAUUUCUACUGAAAACUAAAUAUCAAAUUAAGGAUGAAAUCUGACGUGUUCACAAUAACUUUAACAAUGAAAUUCAAUAUACAGUUGUUAUUAUA